AUUUGGUUUAAUUAUGCUCCGUACUUGUUCUUUUCAUACUUUUAUGACUGCAAAGAAGGAUUAAAUUACAAAAAUCUAAAGAGUAUAGGGACCGAAAGCAAUUAAACUGGAGAAUUUUGGACAUCCUUAGUUCCAGAACUUCCAGGUUCCAGCUCAACAUGCAAUUUACAUUUUUACUCUUGUGGAAGAAGAAAAGACUGCUUGCUUCCACAUCUAAGAAACCUGCUUUCUCCCAUUAGCCACUUACGUUUUCCAGUGAUUUCCAACCUUAGCUUUUAAACAAACACAGAAGAGAGGAAUCUAGAGAGGCUAAGCGAGUGCGGUUCCAUUUUUAUCUCCAAUGGCAGUUUUCGACCGGCUUGUAAGGACUACUGCUCGUUCAUGGCGAAGGAUCGUCUCUCCUAAAACCCUAACGCCUUUACCUUCUUCCUCGCGUCAGCUCCCUCCUCCUCCUCUCUACCACCAUUUCCCUGGAAGCUCAAAUUUUACUAUUGGGUCAGAUGUCCAGCAGCUAAGAUUGGUGACUGCUGCUUCAGGGUCAUACUCUAUACUUCCGGCUGUGUUAGCUGGUUUGCUUGGAGCGGGAAUGAUAGAAACAACUUAUGCUGAUGCUGAUGAGGUCUCCUCCAAACCUCCUCUCCCAUCAGAACCUCCUACAAGUCAUUUCAACCUUGAGGAAACUGCCAAGAAAGAGAGGCAGCGAAUUGAACAGAUGCUUAAAGAUAAGGGAAUACGAUAUGGUUCUUAUCCUCGGUUUACUGUUGCUGUGAAGGGCCAAAAGGUUACAAUCAAGUUCCAGAUUCCUCCUUCAUGUGAAGUUGCACAGUUGGUUGCAAACCUUGUUUCACAUCUUGGGCUGAAGGUUGAUGAGCGAGGUGGUGGUUCCGAUGUGCUAUUACGUGCAUGGGACAGUUCAGUGGCCUGGCAGCUGACACUUAAUCCACUGGAGAAACAGAAGGAAACUGGAGUCAAUGAGGGACAUUCAGAAUAUAGGAAUGGAGAUGAAGGGGAUUUAUGCAUCCUCAUUUUCCGUUCACUCAUAAGCUCUGACAAAGCGGAAAUUGAGUUUAUAAAGCAAGGAAGUUUGAAUCAGAAGGAGCUUGAAGCCUUCGUAUCUGCCUUAGAACUAGCAGGUGGAAGGUUUGCACAAAGUAGCUCUCUGGGAAACAAACCAAGGGAAGGUUCUGCACAGAUACCUGCACAAAAAUCAAUCUCUAGCCUGGAGGCCAUGGGGGUAAGAAUUUAUGGACUUGAUGCACCACAUCAGAAUAAACCAUACAAUGAGAUAUCAUGGGACAAUAUUGCUGGAUACGAUGAACAAAAACAAGAAAUAGAAGAUACAAUUUUGCUGGCUCUAAAUAGUCCUCAAGUAUAUGAUGAUAUAGCUCGUGGGACUCGCCAAAAAUUUGAGUCAAAUAGACCGAGAGCUGUGCUCUUUGAAGGACCUCCCGGUACAGGGAAGACAUCUUGUGCUCGUGUUAUUGCUAAUCAGGCGGGUGUCCCAUUGCUCUAUGUACCACUUGAGAUUGUUGUGUCAAAGUACUACGGUGAAAGUGAAAGGUUACUGGGGCAAGUUUUCUCUCUUGCCAAUCAGCUUCCCGAUGGUGCUAUCAUAUUUUUGGAUGAGGUUGAUUCUUUUGCCACUGCUCGUGGUGGUGAAAUUCAUGAAGCUACACGUCGAAUUUUGUCAGUGCUAUUGCGACAGAUUGAUGGAUUUGAACAGGACAAAAAAGUAGUUGUCAUUGCUGCUACAAAUAGAAAACAAGAUCUUGAUCCUGCAUUGAUUAGUCGUUUUGAUUCAAUGAUUGUCUUUGGUCUACCCGAUGAGCAUAACCGUCAGCAAAUAGCAGCUCAGUAUGCAAAGCAUCUUACAGAAUCCGAGUUGGCUGAACUUGCUCGAAUCACCAACGAAAUGUCUGGUAGGGACAUCCGGGAUGCAUGCCAACAAGCAGAGCGGUCAUGGGCGUCAAAGCUUAUUCGAGGACAAGCAACAAAUAACAAAGAACAACCAGCUCUCCCACCUUUGGAGGAAUACAUCAGAAGUGCCACUAAUCGAAGACAGGCCCUUCUCAGUGUUGCAGAGCAGAGAAACCAAAACCCAAGCCCUCGUAUGAAGAAACCUCCAUUAGAUUUGUUGUCUUUGCAAUCUACAGCACUUUAGGUGAUUACAUUUGUAGAGAGACAAAGGACUUUUGCAGAGAGAGAUAGAUUUUUCAUUUAAUAUAAUAAUCAGUACAUUACAUA